UGAAAUUACGUCCCGCCGAAAUGAACGGUAUGUCCGGAAGUAAACAGCAAUCCACGUGUCCACACGCGGAAGCAAAGUUCGCGAGACUUUAGUAGUACGUUUAGGUGGGGAAAAAGCUACCUGCAAACGGUGUGAAGUCGUAUAUACCGAAUAGCCAUCUUAGUGAAACUAAACUCACCACGGGGCUGAUCCAAAAAUAUUUGUGCAGGACUCGACAAGUGAGAGGUGUGCUAUGUCUGCCUACACGUGGGUACGGAAGGCGCUCGACGUUUCUCAGCUCCCGCGCGUGAAGCUGAACAACAUACAGGACCUCCCAGGAGCCAAGAGAAAGGCCGUAAGAGUAGGCCGUGGUCCAGGCUCUGGCAAAGGAAAGACAUGUGGUAGAGGUCACAAAGGUCAAGGUCAGAGGAACAAGGCAGCUAUAAGAGUUGGGUUCGAAGGUGGCCAGACUCCAUUCUACCUCAGAGUCCCGAAGAGAGGCUUCAGAAACAAAAACCAGACUCACUAUGUCCCACUCAACUUGAACAGAGUCCAAUAUCUCAUAGACAGUGGUCGUAUCGACGCCUCGCAAACCGUCAACAUGCACACGCUGCAACAGAGUGGGGCGGUGGGCAGAAUAAAACACGGAGUCAAGCUACUGGCUACCGGAAGCGAGUGGUUUGAAAGUAAAGUCAACAUCGAGGUAAGCCAGGCAUCUCGCAAGGCCAUUGAGACAAUUCAGAAGGUCGGAGGUCAAAUAACGACAGCUCACUACAAUGCCCUCGGGCUGCGAGUUCUCCUUAAACCGUGGAGAUUUGAGGACAGGCUGCAACCGAGGAGGGCUCUGCCCAAUAAGAAACUGAUGGCCUACUACUUGAACCCCGAGAACAGAGGUUACCUGGUAGUGACGGAGGAAGGGAGGGAGAGACUGAGAGAUGGAGGUAUGGAGGGAGCCUACCUCGGGGACGACGGCCGAGUACACAUCCCCGGGAAGAGGGUCACCCUCUACUCCCAACCCUCCCCACCUGGACCCGACAGACUGGUUGGACCGGUCGGAGGACUCGACAAACAGGAAUCAGUGAGAGGUCACGAGUCACAGUCGGAGCCCCAAACAACAGACACUGGUACUGAAGUUUAGGUAUAAUUAUACUGAAUUGCUACGAUCCGUCAAGGAUCAUCUGUUAUUAUCAUGUGUUCAAUAUGAUCAUACACGCAUAUAAUUAUAAUAAUUAUUAUAGGAAGAGUGUUAGUGUGGUCAAGAAACGAAGCUGCCGGCCGGAGUGUGAUCGGUGAUCUUGUGGUCUGCAGGGUUGGCUCUGGCCUCGUAGGUUGCUAUAGUAACUCCAUGUCUGUGAGCCACAGAGUAUUCUCCGUAGAGUCCGAUGUAGUAGAUGAUGGAAGUCUCUGCCCCAUAGUUGACAGGGAAGUACAUCAGUAGACUGGACACUGAAUUGAAUCUUGAAACCCUGGACGA